AUGGGAAAUCAAAGAUCCAAACCCAGGAGAUCUCUCAUGGCGACUCCAAAUCGGUACCGAAAAACCAAUGAUUACUUCGAGCCUGAAGAUUUCAAAGAUCGUUCUGAAAUUUAUCUUGCACUAAAGGAUCACGAAGCGCGAUCUUCCAAUGAAUUAUCUUUCAAGAAAGGCGAGGUACUGGAAUUAAUUAAAAAAUGCAUUAGUCGAGACCAUCUUCUGAUGAAAGAUUUGAAAAAUACCAAAUAUGGUUUCGUUCCUAAAGAAAGUGUUGCGGAAAUUAAUUCGUUGCGAGCUCAAGAAUAUUAUUUUGAAAAGGUGUCACGUCGUCAAGCUGAAAGUCUUAUAAUGUUUCCUGGAAACUGCACGGGAACUUUUAUUGUUCGUCCGUCGCAGUCGGUACCAGGAUCAUUUUCCUUAACUGUCAAGGAUUAUUCAAUGAAUAGAGGAUUUCGUCCAAGAAAUUAUCGCAUUAAUGUUAGCAAGUACGGAAAUUAUAGUCUGCAACCUAGUGUUGAAUUUAAGACGGUACCGGAAUUAAUUUCCUACUAUCAAAAAAGUGUAACAUUAUGCCAUUUGGUACGUGCAUGUCCUAAAAUUGAAGAAUCUCCUAAUAGAAGACAAUCAUUUGCCGCACUUCCAUCAGUUAACGAGUUUGGAUAUGCCAAAAAUAUACGCAAACAUUCACUUGGUGCAAAUGAAUUGGCAUUAUGCAACCGAAAAAGUGACGUUAUUGUGAAACGAUUGAAGUUAGAAUCUGUUUCCGAAGAGAAUCUCUUGGACGAAGCCUAUCAAAUUUUAAAUGAUGAUAAAUUUAUUGCUCUGUAUGCCACAUUUAACCAAAAUAAUGCUUAA